UAAGUUGCUGCCUGCUGAGCGCUGAACGUAACGUAAUCGCUAUCGGCAGAACGUCUGUUCCGUGUUCUGAUUUGUAAAUCGUUUCUCAAUCGCUGAAAGUGAGAUAUGAAAUUAAUUUCGUUAUCUAAAAACUGUGCUGUUCAUUUAUGCGAGUGUUGAUUGUAAUGCCGAAGUGUAUUGAUUGCAAUUAGAGGUGGUUUAAGUGCAGUGGUAACCAUUCGAGAUUGGAUCGGAGGCCUUCGCUGUGAUAAUCGUCCGUUGUUUUAGUGAGAACGGAAUACUGAACCACAGAAAUGCAAGCGAUCAAGUGUGUCGUUGUAGGUGACGGUGCCGUCGGUAAGACAUGUCUACUCAUCAGUUACACGACAAAUGCCUUUCCCGGGGAGUACAUACCAACAGUAUUCGACAAUUACUCGGCGAAUGUAAUGGUUGAUGGCAAGCCGAUUAACCUGGGUCUAUGGGAUACGGCGGGUCAGGAGGACUACGACAGGCUGCGACCUCUCUCUUACCCACAGACUGACGUGUUCCUCAUAUGCUUCUCCCUCGUUAACCCGGCAUCCUUCGAGAACGUUCGCGCAAAGUGGUACCCAGAAGUUCGGCAUCACUGCCCAUCGACGCCCAUCAUCCUCGUUGGAACGAAGCUCGAUCUCCGCGAAGACAAGGACACCAUUGAAAAGCUCAAGGACAAAAAACUCGCACCCAUCACUUAUCCACAGGGUCUGAGCAUGGCGAAGGAGAUCGGUGCCGUGAAGUACCUGGAAUGCUCCGCGCUGACGCAGAAAGGACUCAAGACGGUGUUUGACGAAGCGAUCCGCGCUGUCCUCUGCCCCGUCCAGCCGAUCAAGGUGAAGCGGAAGUGCGUGCUACUGUAAGGAUUGCGACGCUGAGAUAGUGCAGAAGCGUGUCGUAGCCAGUGUAAACAGCAUAGCUAUCUAACAUGAGCACACCAAACGAUCCGUCUCCAAAUCGUACUACCAGAGUGCUGUAUAAAACUAUACAUGGACUGCAAACAAAUGCAUACAAUAGAUGUUAAAUUUUACUGAUAAUACGCAUCAUUAAAUGUAACGUGGGUUCGUGUGAGUGACUUCCGUAUAUGUUAACGCUUUUGUAUUAUAUGUGGGAUGACACUGACAGUUGACAGUUGUCUAUGGCUAAGUGACAUCAUUUGUACGAUAAGGGAACAUGUCAGUUUUUUAAAUUUAUUGGGUAAUUCAUAUUUGGGUGCUUUUCUUAAACGCGAUCUUAAUGUUAAAUGAUUACAUUCCUACAUUUUUGCUUGAAAACCGUACGCCACAUUGAUUUCGUAAUCGAUUUAAUUAAAAAAUGUUUUCUAUAUCGCGCAACGGUGAUUUUUAAACGUGGAAUUGUUGAAAUUUUUGUUUAGACAGAGAUUAUAUUUUUCGAUUUAUUAUUACUUAUUUUUGUUCCCAAUUGUUGUAUUUCAUUAUAGGUGUCUAUAAGUACAUAUGCAGUAUUCGCUAAAAUGUUAUUAAUAUUUAACUUUCGUAUAGAUUCCUAAAAAACUUUACGUAUAUAUAAAUAAUUUGUAUUCAUAAUGAUAAUGUGUAUUCAUAAAGGUUAAGAUUAAUUUCUUUGUUGUUUUCGAUAUAAAUGAAUGUAACAGUUAUCCCAAAGUUUAGUUUGUUUCAAUUUGUUUUGAUUACACUUCACGAGGCACAAAUUAGCCAUCGAGUAAUUGUUGUCGACAGUACUUUUAGUGUUAUUAUAAAAUGUUUUUGUGUCAUUUUGAAUAUGGGCGCAAGUUUAUUAUUAAAUACAUAUCGAAGCUAGUUAGAAUGAUAAAAUUUGAAAUAAAAUGCCAUCAUUUUGACGAAAGCUACAUCCUUUUUUAUUAUUAAUUAUUGUAUUAAAAAAAUAUAUUAAAUUUGUCUGUAAAAUGUAUGUAAAUGUCAUCUUUAUAUGUUCAAAAACAUGAAUUUAUCAAAUAUUUUAUUAAUUUUCUCCAUUUCCUAUAUAUAUAACAAAUUGUCGUCAUAAACUCGCAUCUUGAUAAUUUUCGAGUAUACUUUAUAACGCCGCACAAUUAUAACAUUAAGCAAUUGUUAACCGAUCAAGUUGAAGUGGGCAAUCAUUUCGAGAUUUAUUUUGGAAAUUUUGCCUUUUUCUAUUUGGUUGCUUAAACACCUUCGACAUUUUUCGCUAGAAAUGUGAUAUUGGGUUUAGGCUUUAAUUGACUGACGACACGGCCUUGUAACUUUUUUAUGCCUAAUGUUUUAUUUUCUGUAGACACUCAAAAUAUACUGAAGAUUUUUUAUUGCUUUUAAAUAAUAGAUAUUAAGUUAAUUACCGUCUAAAUCCACACCUAAAAUUGUAAGAUGGUAAAGUUAGUACACGAAAAGUUGCAUCUAAGGUGUGUGCAAUUGUUAUUGCUUGAAAUUCAAUAUUAAUUAUAUGGAUGCCAUAGACAAUUUUUACUUAACAAUUUGAAAAUAGAAUUUUAGGUUGUACUCUUUUUUUUAUUUUUAAAGCAUCAACAAUUGCACAAAAUAGGUACAUAGCUAUAAGGUUUUAAUGUAUUGUUCAGAUGCAGAUAUUUAGAAGAAACAGCAUGUAAAUAACGGUAAUAUUAGUAUUAAUUAAAAAUGUAAGUUAACGCGCCAUUUACUAUGGUGUUGCAUUUUUAUAUAACUAGAAAACAUUUAAAUAGGGCGCUUCGAUCGCAUUUUAUAACAGACAAAAUGUAUUUGCUAUCAUAAAUAAAGGAAUUAUUACUUUUUAAUUGGUUAAUACUUUCUUCAUUACCUGUGCGCUAACUUGUACAACAUAACCUAUAUUCGAUUAAGUGUUUGUCAAUAUGAAAUUAAUGAUAACAUAUUUUUCUAUGACUUUAAAAAUAAAGAUAUAUGUGAACAGUUUUCAAUGAUUCAAUACUUCAAACGUAAAAUAUUAUGCAUUUUUUUUUAAAUAUAUUGUUUUUUUUGUCUUCAUAUAGUCUAGUGUCCGAAUGCAAUCGACAGUUUCUUAUGUAAUUCAUAAUGGAAUUAUAUAUAUACGAAUAAUAAAACUGUUACAUAGACCAUCAUAUAUUAAAUAUUGACCAAUAUAGUUUCAAUUAUUUAAAAAAAAUAUACAAAAUAUUUUGUAAAUUUUUAAUGGAUCGAUUUUUUUUUUUUUGUUAUCUAUGAAUGUCACUUUUAGUAUUGAACACGCUUGGUAUGUUAGCGCAUAAAGAUUUUAGUCGAAAUUUUGCUCUAGUGUCUAUUGUAUGGGACAUAAUUAUUGGUGUUAGCUUUUAUUGUUAUGUCAUUGUUACUAAUAAAAUUUGUAAUCACAAAUUUAUUAAGUGUGCUUUCUUUCGUAACAGCUUGUAUGACUUAUUUUAUACAAAAUAAAAAUGAAUGCGAUGACCGUCAUACAUCCAAACGAGAACGCUGUCGAGUAAUUCUUCCAAAUAUUGUGAAGCCUCUGAAUAAUUCGAAAUAUAUUUAUAUUAACUGUUCAAA